CCCUUCCAGAAUGUGGGCGCCGCCGGCCCCUCGCUGAACAGCAAGCGGGGGAGGGGGCGGCCCCGGAAGGCCAACCUUUUGGACUCGGUGAUGUUCAGUGCCCCGGGGGGGUUGAGGGAUGCCGGAAUCCUGCCGUGCGGGCUCUGUGGGAAAGUCUUCACGGAUGCCAACCGCCUCCGGCAGCACGAAGCUCAGCACGGGGUGACCAGCUUGCAAUUGGGGUACAUUGAUCUCCCGCCCCCGAGGCUCAGUGAGAAUGGGAUGCCAGGCCUGGACGACCCCGAGGCGCCCCGAAAGAGGAGCCGGACAAGGAAGCAGGUGGCUUGCGAGAUCUGCGGGAAGAUCUUUCGGGAUGUUUACCACCUGAACCGGCACAAGCUGUCGCAUUCUGGCGAGAAGCCGUAUUCGUGCCCCGUGUGCGGGCUGCGCUUCAAGAGGAAAGACCGAAUGUCUUACCACGUUCGCUCCCAUGACGGUUCGGUGGGGAAGCCUUACAUUUGCCAGAGCUGUGGAAAAGGUUUCUCUAGGCCUGACCACCUGAAUGGGCACAUCAAGCAGGUGCACACCUCGGAGAGACCUCACAAAUGUCAGCAGGAAAAUUCCAGCCUCCAGGGGAUAAACUCAGAGACCUCUGCAUCCAUAGAACAGUUGAAACUUCAAGAGACCUGCAACGCUUCCUUUGCCACCCGGGACCGGCUGCGCUCGCAUCUGGCUUGCCACGAAGACAAAGUUCCCUGCCAGGUCUGCGGGAAGUACUUGCGGGCUGCAUACAUGGCGGAUCAUUUGAAGAAACACAGCGAAGGACCAAGCAACUUCUGUACCAUCUGCAACAGAGGUUUCUCCUCUGCCUCCUACUUAAAGGUCCAUGUUAAAACCCACCACGGUGUUCCCCUUCCCCAGGUCUCCAGGCACCCGGAGCCCAUUCCGAAUGGGGGAGCGGCGUUCCACAGCGUCAGGACCUAUGGCAUCAAAGAAGGCCAGAAAUGCUCACAUUCGGACCAGAUUGAGAGCUCAGAUUCCUACGGAGAUCUCUCUGACGCCAGCGACCUCAAGACUCCCGAGAAACAGAACGCCAACGGUUCCUUCUCCUGCGACAUGGUGGUCGCCAAAAAUAAAUUGGAGUCAGAGGGUGACAAGAAGUACCCCUGUCCUGAAUGUGGCAGCUUUUUCAGAUCCAAGUCCUAUCUCAACAAACACAUACAAAAAGUUCACGUCCGCUCCUUGGGCGCCCCCUUAGGGGACUUGGCCUCCGCCUUGGGGUCCCCCUUCUCUCCCCAACAGAACAUGUCUCUCCUGGAGUCGUUUGGGUUUCAGAUUGUUCAGUCUGCCUUUGCCUCGUCUCUGGUGGACCCAGAAGCCGACCAGCAGCCGGUGGGGCCGGAUGGAAAGUGAGGCGUCUUUGCUCUUAAGCAAGCAGCGGCCUGUUUUUUUUAUAUAGAAGAUGGCUGUGAGAUACCAGAUCCAGUUUUAGAGUGGGGAGAGGCUUACUUAAAUUCCUUUUAGGUUCCCACCCUGCCCCUUUCUUUUCUCUCCAAACCCUUCCCUGGACGAAGAUGGUUUUCAGCUGACAAUCUGCAGGGUCCCUGCAUGAUGGUGAAUGGGUGGUGGGGGAUCUUUGGUGGCAGGCUGGCAGAUCUGGGGCAGCACCUCGUCAGAGACCCAGCUCGGGAACCACGUGAACAACACAAAAGCCAGAGGGCCGGAUCCAGAGUCUUGAGACGUCCUAGUUCAGCCGGCAGAGAGCCAGACGCUCCUCUGCCCUGCAGCUGUUCUCUCUGCUCAGGAUUCACACGUUAGCAAAGGUGUCUGCUCAUCCAUGCGGACCCGGUGGUAUCCAGUAGGUAGAAUUGCUGUUUUCUUUGAAAGGAAAAUCCACGGGAGGCCAUUAAAAACAAACCACGUUUUUCCUUUAAAGAAGACAGGGCAGUUCUCAAGAAGCAGAGAGAUGUCGUGGGAAAAAGAUGCCACCAAAUUCUUGAGCUGGCCGGAAAGCUUGCCUGCACGAGACCCCCGUAAGGGAGCAGCCGCUACUCGGGCGCCGCUCCUGCUUCCCUGUGCAGGGACGUCUCCUCAGUUGUGUUGUUGGCUUGUUUUUCUGAUCCUCAACACUUGGCCAUUGGUUUCCUGUCUCUCUCUUAUAAUUAUGGUUAUUAUUAUUACAUUUAUGAUUUUAGGACCUGUUGUAGUGAUUUGCUACUGAGACGCCUUCCAGGGCAAUUAUACAGAGAGCUCUUAAAGCAGCAGUCAUGUUAGGAUAGGAUUAAUUUUUUUUAGAUGUAUCAUAAUUAAAAACUUGGCUAGUUGAUUGUUUUUAAGUCUAUGGGAUAAUAUAGUUAUGCAAAGUGAAAGAAAGUUGGGGGAGGGAGAAAUAAGCUUAAAUUUCAGAAGAAGGUAAGAAUGCACUCUUGGUUGGUUGAUGCAUAAAGACCUCCAGAAGUUUUAACAUUUUCAAUGAGAUAAUACGUUUUUUUGUACCACCAACCUCCUGUGCAAAUAAAUACAGAGUUCACAGAGUGAUUUCAAAGCAGAAAAUAAUCAUUGGAUUGGACUGCAUUAAAGAAGUUAGAAUGUUA